UUCGGUACAAAAUGUCUUGUUAUGUUCCCGUUAUUAUCACAUUUAUUGUCAAUAAUUUCGGCCAGUUUAUCUGUCCAGUGGUUAGACAAAGGAAUUUCUAUCUUGGACGCACUUGUUACUUUCUAACGGGUUACAGAUAACCUUGGUCCUUUUAUCGAAUAACCACAAAGGUCGCCUGACAAGAUGAAAAACAAUAACCUUAUUCCGAUAACCGUUGGUGAGGUCAAAAUGAGAUGGAAAUUUUGAAAUAAAAACAAAAUAUUAUGAUUAUUUAACUGAACAUCUAAUGAACAUCUAAAUCCAAUUGAUUUUGUCCUUCAGGGUUUGAAAAAAUGGAAUUAUUAAUCUAUAGCUUGAAUUAAACUUAAUUAGAUUAUAAAAACAAUAUGACUGGGAAUAAUUUUAAUAAAAUGUUCGUUUUGUCGGUAUGGUUUGUUGUGUUAACUUCGUCGUAUAAUUUGGUACGAGCACAAGUCAGUGGCAAUGCAAUAGACCUCGCCAACAUGAAUAUGAAUAUGAUGCACAUGAAAUGUCCGCUAGAACCUUGUCAAAGCGUCUGCUUAAAGAAAGAACCGGAAACCGGAUGUUUUAUUUGUGACCCAAAAUGCAAUACCGGAAACAGUCUCGGAAUGCCUGACAGCCGGUUGCCCAUGAAUAUGCAGCCGAUGAACACAGGGACAGGUCAAACUUCGUUCUAUAAUGGAUGUGAGCAUGAUAACUGGAUACAGUGCCCGAUGUCAUGUCAGAGAAAUUUUGACCAGAAAGGAUGUUUCAAAUGUCUUUGUAGAGCUAGCAAUACGUUACGAGCACCCCAAUCUUCAAUGCAGACGUUGAUUGCGACAUCCAAAAGUUCACAACAAAUCCUAAGCAGUACUCCUUGGAAAAGCGUGAAGCCGGAAAGGAUAUUUUCGUUUCCGCCAACACGAAAUAACACUUUAACAACAGAAACAUCAACUUCUAUUACAACAAAUACCAACCCGUCACAGACAACAGAAAAAUUGACAACAAAAAAUGUUGACAUGAGUACAACGAAAACCGUCUUUUCUUCAAGUAAGCCAAAAGUUGUUCAAGACGACAUCCGCCCUAAACCGCAUAAUUUGGACAGGCAUGGACAACUGAAACCGACCGGUUACCAUAGCUACGACAAAAAUAGUUCAACCACUACUUCAGCAAUAAAUGAAAAGGUGUUGAUGGAUCAAAAUACAUCAUUGCCUUAUGUUAACGAAUUCAAACUUAAUAAUUUGACAUUUGUUUUGUUUGGAAUAAUGAUAGUUCUAGUAACAUUUAGUUUCGUAUUUUUCAUCGCAUGGCGGAAGUCGUCGCGAAAACUAAAGAAAAACAAAGAUGAGCUGUAUUUUGUUCAUAAAGCGUAUAGGCAAGAUUCAAAUGCACGUUUAUCCAACAACGAAAUGAUGGAUCCCGUGUACUCUGAUAUCAAUCCAAGACCGGAUCCCCCGCCUCGGAGUCCUAAUUUGAACAAGACCGACGCCACAUCCGAAGGACCUUUUACGACCAACUUGACAAAUGAUGGACCUUUCAGAAGCUUUUCACAAAGCAGUGACACACCGCUGAAAGAACAUUUUGAAGAAUGUAAGCACGACUAUCUAGAGCUAAUCUAGGAUGCUAUCGGUUGUUACUGUAAUACUUAUAAGUGCUUACGAAAG